AUGCAUUCCUUCACCCUGAUCUUACCACAGAAAGCCUCUCUUUUGCCCACCACUGUGUCUCAGCUGCUGUCUGCUUCUCAAAUCAGCAAUGAAACCUUUGCUCUCUGCGAUCUGGAACUGAACCAGGUUUCAGUCGUGGGCAUCAUCCGGGGAUUUGCUCCGUUUGUGACCAACAUCCAGUACUCUGUGGACGACAUGACUGGUCCGCCCCUGAAAGUGAUGCAGUGGGUUAACACAAAGGACUGUGCUCUGAUGACUUCUGUUCCUACUGGAACUUAUGUGAAGGUUACAGGAAAUCUACUCAACUUUAAUGGUCAGAGGGUAUUGUUGGCGAAAGACAUUCGUUGUAUCAAGGACCUGAAUGAGAUCACAUCCCACAUGCUGGAAGUGGUUCAUGCCCAUAUGCUGCUCUUUGGAAAGGUGUUUGACGUGAACAUGAACACCUCUGCUGCCUCACUGCCUGGGAGGUUCAGGGGUGGAUAUCCUGAAGGCAUCCUGCCAAAUAACUUGUCCGCCAUACAAGGCCAGGUGUUGCAGGUCGUCAGGAGGUUCUCUGUCCAUGAACAUGGCAUCAGUUCCCAUGACCUGAAGAAACAGUUGGAUUACCUCAGGAUGAAAGACAUUCGAACUUCCUUGGCUGUUCUGAUCAAUGAAGGUCAUGUGUUUUGUACCGUUGAUGAGCAUCAUUUCAAGUCAGCGGUUGGGUAG